UUGAGCAGUGUAUAUAUUUCGGAUUAUGACUGCGUGUAGGCGUUGACUUCAUGGACAUGGCCAGUGAAGUCUUACAGCCUGAGGGGGACGAUAUGGCCAGGACUUCCUGGAACAUGCGACGCAUCAUUGCCAUGUACCAGGAAACCUUCACCGUCAUUGAGAAGUGUCCGAAGCCUGUGGCAGUGAAGGGAGCUUGUGUUGGAGGCGUGGAUCUGAUCAAAGCCUGUGAUAUCCGUCUCUGCACUCAGGAUGCCUGGUUUCAGGUGAAGGAAGUGGAUAUUGGCCUAGCAGCUGACGUUGACACUCUACAGCGCCUACCUAAAGUCAUUGGGAGCCGCAGCCUGUUGAAUGAGUUGGCUCUGACAGCGAGGAAGAUGUACGCUGAUGAGGCCAAGGAAAGUGGAUUAGUCAGCCGUGUAUUUCCAGACAAGGGCAUGAUGGCUGGAGCUCUUGAGAUGGCAGGGGCGAUAGCAGGCCCCAGCCCUGUGGCUGUCCAGGGAACCAAGGUCAACCUGAUCUACUCCAGAGACCACAGUGUGGCAGAGGGCUUGAACUACAUGGCAACGUGGAACAUGAGCAUGCUGCAGAAGGAGGAUGUCAUGAAGUCAGCUGUGGCCUCCAUGGAGAAGAAGAGUCCUAAAACAAUAACUUUCUCCAGGCUCUGAAGCUGAGCUGCAGAUAGAGGCCGGAGUUCAACUUUUCUUAGCCGAUGGAAAGUCGGGAGAGAAGGGGAAUGGAUGGAGGGGUGGUGUAGAAAGUUAAAUUAAAGGAAUUCCUGUAUCUACUUAACCAGAGUCAAAUGAACUAGUGUAUACAACUGUUAUGUCUCUGUGUACAGUAUAAUGGAAGUUAGAUGUAGUUUGGGGUGUUUGAUAAAGGGCCAUUGCCAAAAUGAUCAACUAUCAAUUUAUAAACAAAUGUAAAAAUU